AUGGUGACCUUGAAAAGGACAAAGCUCAAAGGGCUUGAAUUUUGCAGUUCUCAAAGAAUAAACAAAGGAGGACAAGAAGCAUACUGGACAUAUGGUGGUCUUUCCCGAGGCCUCCACGAGGGUGCAAAAGUGAUUGAGAAGCAUGCUGGACAGCUCUGUGUUCUAGCAGAAGAUUGCGACCAGCCUGACUAUGUUAAACUUGUCAAGGCCCUCUGCGCAGAGCACAAUGUUAGCCUGAUCACUGUUCCAAGUGCAAAGACACUUGGAGAAUGGGCUGGAUUGUGCAAGAUUGAUUCAGAAGGAAAAGCUAGGAAGGUAACUGGUUGCUCCUGUGUGGUUGUCAAGGAUUUUGGGGAGGAACAUGAAGCCUAUAAUGUUGUUCUGCAGCAUGUGUAAUCCCAAUGAGUUGCAAGAAGCAUAGUUUUGUAUGUUUCACUUUUUAUUGAGGUUAUUCCAUGAGAGUGAAUUUUGCCUUGUAGCUGGAGUAUCUUCCUAAUGAUUUUCAUUGUUUUAUAUGGAGAUUUUGUCCUCAAAUGAUGUUUCAUUUUAGGUUUCCAUGUCAAAUAAAACCAUUCAUACAAGUUUAUAACCACCACACCCAUAUGUGUUGACACUUUUCUACAUUGCACAAUAAUUCAAACACUUAGGGCUCGUUUGGUGCGCCGUAUUAGGCAUGAUAGUAUAAGCUUAUAUAAUACAUUAUGGACUUAUCCAUUGUUUGGUGCUUACAUUGUAUUGUAUAAGCUUAUGCAUCAAGUUGAAUUCAGCAGAGAAUGGUGCUCCUCUCUUGUCUGUAAUGCUAUCUGUGAAGUGGACUGCGUGGACUUGAUUCAGAUUCUUAGUACAAGUCAAAUCAGUUGAGUCCUCGAAGCUUAUUGCUGUUUGGGAAAUGUUUGACCGGGACUGGAAUAUUUAGCUCCAGUAUGUUUUACAGAGAAGAAAUUGAAUGUGAUUGCUAAACAAGGAAAAGUUUUGCAAUCUCACUUGGGAGUUUUUGAUGUUACUCAAUUAUCAGUUUUUGUAGGAAUUAUUUGAGGUUUGCAUGUUUUAAUUGUGUAAUACCUGUCGUUUUGGAUAUCUUAACAAGAACUCUUCCCCGUUAUUUACCCUUGCUUUAAUCAUAUUU